CUAUUUUAUAUGAUAUUGCCUAAAAAACCCUAAAUGUACAAAUCAGACGAUGUUUUCGUAAAAUAUUAACAAGCAUAAUAUGUACGGCAACCGCAUCUCGACAAUACUGCCAUCACAAACACUCAUCCCUUUCUCGUACUUAUCGCAACAGUCCUACCAACCGCUAUAGUUCUUGCGGCAACGUUGUUAGAUUUUUUCAAAUUCGCAAUAGCUGUGGUAACUCUCUUUUCAAAGAAAAUCUAUGUUUGAAUAUUAUACAUUAACGUUCGAAAUGGCGUCGCGUUUGAAAAACGAAGGUAAACGGAGCGGAUUAUGGCAGCACUUUACAGCGGUGGAUGCAGUAAGGGCAAAAUGCGAUUUUUGUAAAACUACUCUGUCUUACAAAGGUGGAGGUACAUCCAAUUUACGAAAGCAUCUGCUUGUUAAGCAUCCAUCAAUUGAGUUAUCGCAAACAACAUCGGUAAGAAACGAUGAACAUGCCACAAUGGCCCCUGAACAUAGUACGUCAUCAGCUACAAAACAAACGAGGCUCAGCAACUACACGCAACCAAAAUUAUCAAAAGAAAUGGUAACAGCUUUAAAUAAGAAGCUACUGCAUUUCCACGAUAGCCGGUUCUACGUACCGGAAUGACUCGGGUUUUACCCGACCAAGGGCUGUUGGGCUGUAACAUGAUACAA